AGAUUGGAUAAAUUUACAGGUAAGGAUGGAGCGCCAGGACCAGAUGGUCCGCCAGGAAAGGAUGCACCUCCAGAGGCCAUUCCGACUGCGGCCGACUACUGCUUCGAUUGCCCACCGGCACCGGCCGGACCGCCCGGCAAUCCUGGCCCCAAAGGACCCGCAGGAGCACCCGGAGCACCAGGCCGCAACGGCAUCAACGGACAACGUGGACCAGCCGGCCCGAUUGGCCCGGCUGGAGUGGCCGGUCCGCAGGGACCACCUGGACCAGCCGGACCGGCUGGACCAGCCGGCAACGUUGUGGAAGUGCCUGUGCAACCGGGACCACCCGGACCGGCCGGCCCAGCUGGCCCAGCCGGCCCCGAUGGACCACCAGGACCAGACGGUCCGUCGGGCGCAAUGGGUCCACCCGGUCCACCAGGCCCACCCGGCAACGCUGGUCCACCAGGCAAAGACGGCGCCAAUGGCGAACGGGGACCAAGCGGCGAACAAGGCGGUCAAGGACGUUGCGACCACUGUCCUCCACCUCGCACGGCUCCAGGCUACUAG